AUGAUAUUAUUUCAUGCCCUAUAUAUUAUAUGGAUCUUCAUACUUUUUCCGUUAUUCAAAGCAGAGGAAUUCAUCCCUAAAGUGACGGAGAACCUUAUAGAAGAAACAUCAUUUAAUCUAGUGAGUUUUGAUGAUUCCAACACUUCGAUCAGAUUAGAUGGUUGGGGGGUCGUGUGGAUAAGUUUCGAUGCUGGGGAAAAUUGGGAAGCUGUUAAAGAAAUUGAAGAGCGUAUUUUUAAAUUUACUGUUGAUCCUUUCCAUGGACAGGAAAGAGGUUUCGCUUUUAUAUGUGAAUCACCCAAGUUCUACAUUACUGAUGACCGUGGGGGGUCAUGGAGGGCUUUAACUAUACCCUCAUCUGAAGAAUAUUUAGAUGGCGACUGUUUUAUAACCACUCAUCCGACAAAAAAAGAGCUUAUUAUUGCGAAUUGCUACAGCUAUAUGAUAAACGCAGAUGUUGUAGAUGACCCAAGUGAAAUUUAUUUGACCAAUAAUGGAGGAUCCUUUUUCAAAAUUAAACCUUCCUUGGAAAAGAAAAAAGACGACGAUAUAACAACCUCAAGCUGUGACUUCAUCAAGUCUAGCAAGAAUUCUGAUUUUACUGGUAAUGAUGCUUCGAUACUAUGUUUGUUCUCUAACCGUGAGUACGAUGAGGAAUAUCGCUUAACUGGUCACUACACUCAAUUGGCUUUAAGCAGUGAUGGAGGCAAAACGUUUAAAGAAUUCGAUGAAUUCAAACAUAAAAUUGUUAAUCGAUACAAGAUAUUGAAGUCUCAUGUGGUCGUUUUAACGCAAGAUGACAGCCAUAACGAGAUGUCAUCUAUGGACAUCUGGAUAUCCAAAGAUGCAUCGACUUUUCAAAAGGCACAACUACCUACUCCAUUACGGGACGUCGAAGUGGGUAAAAUUCAUGAAGAUUCUAUGGGAAGAAUCAUCCUUCCUAUAUCUACAGGAUUCACAGAUGAGAAAAAUGAGCAACCAGCUCCCUCAGAGAUUUUAAUAUCAGAUUCUCGAGGGUUGAAAUUUUCACCUAUUAAAUGGACACCAAACCAUCAGUUUGGAGAUAUUAGACUCACUUUUCCUGAUUUCUUGAAAGGGACAAUAUUUGGAUCAUUUCAUCCUUCCAUUGAUUACUCUCAUCGCAAAGGAAUAUACAGUGGAAAUAUUUCCAGAGAAGAAACUAAAAUAUCUGUUGAUAACGGCCUCACGUGGUCAAAUUUGAAAGUUGUCGAUCGAGAAAAUGCCGAUUCAUUUGGUUGCGAUAUUACUAGGACUGAGGAAUGUUCGCUUCACGGUCAUUCAUACAACCCAAUAUUUCCAAAUCCUUCUGCCGGAAUCAUUAUGAUGACAGGUUCUGUUGGCGAUGGUAGUGAAUUCAAGCGAAAAGACCAAAAAACUUUCAUUUCUAGAGACGGUGGUCUAACAUGGAGAUUGGCGCAUAACUCUUCUGGCUUAUUUGCUACUGGUGAUCUGGGAAAUAUCAUUGUAUAUAUCCCGUAUUUUUCAGAUGAGGAUGGUGGUGUACAGUCCAAAAUUUACUUUUCUUUGGACCAAGGUAAAAUAUGGAGUGAAUAUGAACUGACUGAUGGUAUAAGUUUUAUCCAUCCAUCAGAACUGAUUAAUACAGCACCAGAUGGAUCUGGCUCAAAAUUUAUUCUAAACGGAUAUCACAUCACUACAUCCCAUCAAAAAGGAAGCAUCGUGUAUGCAAUCGAUUUUUCUGCUGCAUUUGACUAUAAAAUUUGUGAAGAGGAAGAUUUUGAAGAUUGGAAUUUAGCAGAUGGGAAAUGUGUUAAUGGCGCUAAAUACAAGUAUAGAAGAAGAAAACAGGACGCCCGUUGUUUGGUCAAAAAAGCAUUCAAAGAUAUGAGUUUACUUGAAACUCCUUGUAACAGCUGUUCUGAAUCUGACAACGAGUGUUCGUUUCAAUUUGUUAGGGAUACAAACGGGCAGUGUGUACCAGAUUAUAAUCUGAUUGCUCUUUCCCGUAUAUGUGACAAAUCGAAGGGUAAAUCGGUAUUAGUAAAGCCAUUGCAAUUAAUCAAAGGAGAUAAAUGUAAAACACCCAUGAAAAUUGAGCCCAUAGACAUUUCAUGUGACGAAAUCCCAAAGGAGGGCUCGAAUGGUAAGAAAAUAGUAAGUACUGGAAACAAAUUUGACUUUGAAAGUCAAUUUCAUCAAUAUCUCGAUACAGUUAUCGAUGGAACUUUUGGUCAUGCUGGAUUCAAUAGGUAA